AUGAGUUCGAGGAGCAAUUGGAUAGUACAGAAAUUUGGCGGAACCAGUGUUGGCAAGUUCCCAGAGCAAAUAGUGGAUGAAAUCGUCAAGGUAUACACGCAGCAGCUACACAACAACGUAGCCGUGGUAUGUUCGGCCAGAUCUAGCGACACCAAGGCGGAGGGAACAACGUCCAGACUGCUGAGAGCGUGUGACAUGAUCGGAAAUGAUGAUGCGAGCUUUGCCGAAGUUGUGCAAAAAGUGCGAGACGACCACGUUUUGAACGCCAAGCAGCGUAUCAGCAACGUGGAGCUGCAAGAGCAGCUGAUCAGAGACACUGUCGCGGAGUUGGAGCUGGUGGAGAAAUAUUUAAAUGCGUCUCUGGUUCUCAGUGAGGUUUCGUCGAGGACCAUGGAUAUGGUAAUGUCAUGCGGAGAAAAACUAAGCUGUUUGUUUAUGGCCGCGCUGUGCAACGACCACGGCGUUCCUGCUCAAUACGUAGACCUUUCUUCGGUGAUUCCUCAGGGAUACGAAUGCCCAGAGGGCACGUUAGACGCUAGCUUUUAUGCUUUUCUGGUGAAGGCUUUCAGCGAGAAACUACAACCAAUCCUGGCCUCGCAUGCCCAGGGCAAGCCUGUUGUCCCUGUGGUUACUGGGUUUUUCGGGCAGGUGCCGAUGGGUCUACUGAACGGGGUUGGUCGUGGUUACACCGACUUGUGUGCUGCAUUGAUAGCCGUGGGACUCAAUGCGGACGAGCUUCAGGUUUGGAAGGAGGUUGAUGGUAUUUUCACUGCCGAUCCGCGUAAGGUUCCUCAGGCAAGAUUGCUCAGCAGUGUUACUCCAGAAGAGGCGUCCGAACUGACAUACUACGGCUCUGAGGUCAUUCAUCCCUUUACUAUGGAACAAGUCAUAAGAGCCAAGAUUCCAAUCAGAAUUAAAAACGUGCAAAAUCCAAGAGGUGACGGCACGGUCAUUUACCCCGACAACGUUGCCAAGAAAGGUGAAUCGACCCCGCCUCAUCCACCUGUGACGCUUUCGAGCUCGUUCUUUGAACACAAGAGAAGAGGGGCCACCGCGAUCACCAGCAAGAGUGACAUCGUUGUCGUUAACAUUCAUUCCAAUAAAAAGACUUUAUCCCAUGGGUUUCUGGCUCAGAUCUUUAGCACCCUUGAUAAGCACAGAUUGGUGGUCGACUUGAUUUCUACUUCCGAAGUUCAUGUUUCAAUGGCGUUGCCCAUUCCAGAUUCCGAGUCUGCCAAAGCCCUAAAAAAGGCCGUGGAAGAACUCAAGAAGAUCGGUACCGUUGAUUUAACGAGGAAACUUGUUAUCAUCUCACUGGUUGGUAAACAAAUGAAACACUUCAUUGGUAUUGCAGGAACUAUGUUCAGCACUCUAGCGGAGCAAAAUGUCAAUAUCGAGAUGAUCUCUCAAGGUGCAAACGAGAUAAAUAUAUCAUGUGUUAUUGACCAAGAAAAUUCCGUGAGAGCUCUCCAGUCGAUUCACAAAAAGCUUCUGGAAGCCGGCGAUCCCGAAAGCUCAUUGGGCUCCGUUGUUAAUGAAAAACUAGAGCAGAUCAAGAGACUAGAUUUGUAA